AAGGGAAUUUGUUGUUGCUCGGCUCUGUUUUCUCAGAGCAGAGGGAGGAUUUAGUUUUUUUCUUUCUCUGUCAUGUCCAAUAAAAAGCUGUCCACCUGCUUUUAAUUUGCUCUGGACUGAAGACUUACAUUUUUCACCAAAGUAUUUUCUUUGCCACUUUGUUUUUGCCAGCAUCAAAGCAGCAGCACAUCCAGGUGACUCUUCGUUUAUACUUGUAUUUGAAAUAGAUUUGAGAUCUGCAUUCUGAAGAUGAGGCUGUGUCUCAUCUUCUGCGUCCUCGGUCUGAUGGCUACUACUGGCUACAGUCAGAUGCCGGAUUAUUCUGGAACCAAAGGUGACAGAGGAGUUACUGGUUACCCCUGGUGUUCCUGGUAUUCCUGGUAUGAAAGGUGAAAAAGGGGAUAUAGGAAUUGCAGGACCAGUUGGAGUUGUUGGAUUUCCUGGAGCACCUGGAUUACCUGGAAUAGUGGUACAGUGUGAAAAAGGAAACGUUGGUUCUCUUAUGGAAGACGGUGGCACGUUAAAGAAGAGCGUUGCUAACUUAGAGAUUGCUAUAAACUUUGACUUUGUCCGAAGAGUUGGUCAGAAAUUCUUUGUGUCCUACAACAAGAGAGACUCUUUUUCCAGCGCCGUCGAGUUCUGCACCCAACAAGGCUUGGAGCUGGCUUUGCCCCAGAGCGAGGAGGAGAACAGCAUACUGACUCAGAUCUUUGGGGACAUUUACAAAGAAGCCUGGAUCAACGUCAACAAUAACAAAGCUGAGGGGAAUUUUGAAACUGAUAUGAAGAACCGACCUCUGACCUUUACCAAAUGGGGAGAAGGGCAGCCAGACAAAUCCAUCCAGGAUACAGGCUGCACCAGGCUGUCAGAAAACGGGGUCUGGCAAGUGACAUCCGAAUGCUUCCUAAAUGCUUACAUCAUAUGUCAGAUAUAAAAGUGACACUGCAAUUGUACUUUUCUCCUGAAAGUAUUACUGUCUGAAAUGUAAGAAAAUAUAAACUGCUUCAAUGAUUCAGAUUAGGAUCAACUGCUUCUAGACAGUUUUACUUUCAAGUGUAACCAUUUCAUAAACCAUGCUUGUGAUAUAUCAAUCACAUUACAAGUGUUUAAGUGCUUCAGCAUCAAUGCAUUACUGUCGCACAAGCUUUCCUAUAUAAAAACAUAUUCAAGUGAACAAUGUAUGAAAAAUGAUUGAUGAUCAGUCAGAAAGCUCACGUGUUUCAUUAAUAUGUUUAUUAGAAACAGUAUAUAGUUUGAGUUUGGCGUCUUAGGCUCAGGCUCAGGCCUCAUCACUCCACAUAUUAACAUAAAACAUUGAGUGAUGAUUAGAUAACUAUCCCCAGAGCCUACAGAUGGAAGCUGGGGAGAAAGCUGGGGUGGUGGUGGGGCAGGCGAACAUCGCCAACGUGAGCGCAGAGGAGCAGCAGCGAGGUAAACACAUCAGCAGCGUGGAAACAGCAGUAGCAGCAGCAGCAGCAGCAUUAGCAAAGCAGAGGUAGCCAAAUCCAACAGCUUAAAUAGAGCGCCAGAUUAGGAGACUAUGUUUGGUUGGUUGCAAGAGUGACGAGGGGCGUUAUGUGCGAAUGCAUGGUGCUCAAGUUGACUGCCUGAACUAGCUUGCAGGCUUCGCCCCAUUAAAUAAAACAAAAAAGUUGUAUUCUUAAAGCAAAUGUGCCAGUAACAGUAAACAAAAGUGAGGUUUGUUCCUUCAUGCAUUGAUUAUAGCAUGUGUGGUGUAUUAAAUCUGUUCAUGUAUACAGUUAGUUAAAUCGGUUCAUAUUUACAGUUAGUUACUCUCUGAGGUCAUGGAGAGUGCAGGGAGUGAUGUAGUGCAACAGGGUCUCACACAUUGGACACACACACAUUGGACACGCUCACACAUUUUCUCCUAUAAAUUGCAUGCACAAACAGAUUUCGGGGAGACUUCCACAAUUGGCUCUGGGAACCUCGUAUUGCUUGUGUCGGUGUAUGAUACUAUGCUGUUUGUAAUAAACGUUAUUAUAUACAA